CUCCCUGGACCCUGCAUUCACUAUAUCCGCUCUCCCCGGACCCUGCAUUCACUAUAUCUGGUCUCCCCAGACCCUGCAUUCACUAUACCUGGUCUCCCCGGACCCUGCAUUCACUAUAUUAGGUCUCCCCAGACCCUGCAUUCACUAUAUCUGGUCUCCCCGGACCCUGCAUUCACUAUAUUAGGUCUCCCCGGACCCUGCAUUCACUAUAUUAGGUCUCCCCAGGACCCUGCAUUUACUAUAUUGGUCUCCCCAGACCCUGCAUUUACUAUAUCUGGUCUCCCCGGACCCUGCAUUCACUAUAUCUGGUCUCCCUGGACCCUGCAUUCACUAUAUCUGUCUCCCCGGACCCUGCAUUCACUAUAUCCGUCUCUCCGGACCCUGCAUUCACUAUAUCCGCUCUCCCCGGACCCUGCAUUCACUAUAUCUGGUCUCCCACAGUACACACUACAUGGAAAUGCAAUUAUUUUAGUAAAUAUAAACUGCUAA